GCCAGGUCUUGCGCAGCGCAGCUGGUUUCGGCUGGGGAAGAUGGCGGUAGCUGGGGCGGCGUCCCAGGACCCGCUGGUACGCUGGUGUACUCAGCAGUUGAGGAAAACUUUCGGCCUGGAUGUGAGCGAGGAGAUCAUGCAGUAUGUUUUGUCAAUUGAGAGUGCUGAAGAGAUACGAGAAUAUGUGACAGACCUCCUACAGGGAAAUGAGGACAAAAAAGGUCAAUUUAUAGAAGAUCUUAUAACCAAAUGGCAAAAGAAUGAUCAAGAGUUCAUAUCUGAUCUUCAGCAGUGUUGCAAAAAAGAUGAAAUUUUAGAUGGACAGAGAUCUGGAGACCAGCUAAAGCGGGGUAGGCGGAAAGGAAGAAACAAACAGGAAGUUCCUGCAUUUGCUGAGCCUGACACAACUGUAGAGGUCAAAACACCUUUUGACUUGGCCAAGGUACAAGAGAGCAGCAACUCUGUAAAGAAGAAGACAAAAUUUGUCAAUUUAUACACAAGAGAGGGACAGGACAAACUUGCAGUCCUGCUUCCUGGUCGCCAUGCUUGUGAUUGUCUGGGGCAGAAGCACAAGCUCAUCAAUAACUGUCUGAUCUGUGGACGUAUUGUGUGUGAACAAGAGGGUUCUGGCCCCUGCUUAUUCUGUGGUUCUCUGGUCUGUACUCAUGAAGAACAGCAUAUUUUACAGCGUGACUCAAACAAGAGCCAGAAACUGCUAAAGAAGCUCAUGUCAGGAACGGAUAAUUCUGGAAAGGUGGACAUCUCUACCAAGGACCUUCUUCCUCAUCAAGAAUCUCGAAUUAAGUCUGGUUUGGAGAAGGCUAUCAAGCAUAAAGACAAACUCUUAGAGUUUGACAGAACUAGCAUUCGAAGGACCCAAGUCAUUGAUGAUGAGUCAGAUUACUUUGCCAGUGAUUCUAACCAAUGGUUAUCAAAAAUUGAGCGGGAAACCCUGCAGAAGCGAGAAGAGGAACUGAGAGAACUUCGACAUGCUUCUCGACUCUCUAAGAAGAUCACCAUUGACUUUGCAGGCCGGAAAAUCCUGGAAGAAGGAAAUCCACUAGCAGAGUAUCACGAUAGACUAGAUGAGACAAUACAGGCCAUUGCCAAUGGAACCUUGAACCAGCCACUGAUCAAACUGGAUAGAUCUUCUGAAGAGCCUUUGGGAGUUCUGGUAAAUCCCAACCUGUACCAGUCCCCUCCACAGUGGGUAGACCACACAGGUGCAACCUCACAGAAGAAGGCUUUCCAUUCAGCAGAAAUGGAACUAGAGUUCAACUUACAUCAGCACCAGUUGCGAAUUCAGGAUCAAGAAUUCCAGGAAGGCUUUGAUGGUGGCUGGUGCCUCUCUGUUCAUCAGCCCUGGGCUUCUCUGCUUGUCAGAGGGGUUAAAAGGUGCGCUACACUUUGAAGGCCAGGCCUUCUUGCUUUGGAUCCUAAUUGUUUUGUAGGCAGUGUGUCUAGUGCAUUGGAACAAGUGAAUCUGCUUUUGCUCCAGGACAACCAACGCCCCUUCCCAUGUCUGUUCUCUGAUUCAGUUCUCUGCAAGUUAAGUGCUUUCCUUUUCCAAAGUAGAAAACUAAACAGUUUACCUUCUGCUAAGGGAGUUUGAAUGUUUACAUUUAUCUCAUCCUGUUUGGAUUUCUGUUAAUCAGAUUUUCUCACUAAAAAGAACAGGAUCAGCAGCUUCCAUCCACAGUCACUAAUCCCACAGAAAGAAAGUGGGACCACUUUCCCAGUAACUCUUCAGUUUAUUUGGUUUAGAGGGAAGACAAAGACUGGUUCAUUUCAUGUAGUAACCACCUAGUAUAUGCUGGGACUCUUCUAAUUCAUCUGUAUUGGAAAACUAAGAAUAUGAAAA